UUUCUUCUCCUCUUUGUCCUCUUCUUCUUCCUCAUCCUCUUCUUUUUCUCCUCCUCUUCAUCCUCCUCCUCUUCUUCCUCCACCUCUUUUUCUCCUCCUCUUCUUCCUCCUCCUCUUUUUCUCCUCUUUCUCCUCUUCUUCAUAUUCCUCCUCUUCCUCCUUCCUUGUCACACUAAAGCUGGCCCAGCUGCCUGGCUUGGUGAUGGAUCACAGCAGCAGCAGCAGCCUGGAUUCCGUCCGAGAGGUUUGAGGAUGGGAUGGAUGCUGCAGUCGGCUGAGCUGCAGAGCCGGGCUGGCAGCCAGCACAUCUUUUCCCUGGCAUAGUCCUAGAGUCAGAGGAAACCUGCCAGCUUCUAACACACAACAACCUUUGUGCCUUCUGGGAGAUUUGAGUGGUUGUGAAAGAAAGAAGCUAGAAAUAAUGGAGAAAGUAGCUGAACAAUCGGAGGGGCCCUUUCAAGCCAUCGGACCCCCCCAGACCGCUUCUGAAAAGGUAUAACACUGGUAGAAGAUUAGUGUGUACUAAUUAGUUCCUCCUGAUGAAGACAUCUCACAAAGUAGAAGUGGGGAGGAAUUCUGUGACCCUCUGGAAAGGUAACUGUGUUUUCCUGACAGCUCAAGAACAAAGAAGUCUGUGGACAAGGUUUAAAACAGUUCGCCAUCUCUGUGACAGGCUAUACCUGACGUCCUGAGCUCGCAUAUCCCCCCUUCUGGUUGUAUGUUACUUUUACCUUAACUCUCUGCUUGUGAGGAAAGAGGGCACUUCAUAGAAUCAUAGAAUGGUUUGGGUUGGAAGGGACCUUAAAGCGCAUCCAGUUCCAACCCCCCUGCCACAGGCAGGGACACCUCCUACCAGACCAGGCUGCUCAAAGCCUCAUCCAAUCUGGCCUUGAACACCUCCAGGGAUGGGGCAGCCACAGCUUCCCUGGGCAACCUGUGCCAGUGUCUCACCACUCUCAUGGUGAAGAAAUUCUUCCUAUUGUCUAAUCUAAAUCUGCCCCUCUCCAGUUUAUACCCAUUCCCCCUCAUCCUAUCACCACAAGCCUUUAUGAAUAGUCCCUUUCCAGCUUGUCCUUAUAGUUAAGGGUUUUAAGUUCCCUGCUCUUCUGAGUCUUGUAACUGCCCAAGUGCAUUUUCAGGAACAGUUUACAGUGAAUAGCAGCAAACUAUUCAACCAUUGUUUUUACUUAGCAAACAACUAAUGCAACUUGAUCUUUUCCCAUGAAAGCUGAACGCUUUAGUAUAACCUUCAUAGUUUUGUUGUCAGCUCCAGCUCCCAGCUCCCCUUGCAUUUUGUCUUUCGCCCUUCUCAUAGUCCCUGCCAUAUUGUCCCCUCUGUCAUUGUUCUCAUGCAUUUCAUGUUUUCCAUCCUGCUCAGGCCAGAUGGCUCCACCCCUACCUUUGACCAGCAAAGGCAGCUUUGUCUUCCUAGUCUCAAUCCGCAACUUCUUCAUUCUUCCUUGACUACUGCUCCUUUUAUUGCCCUUACAGCUCUCUGUUGCUUGGAGAGUUUGGAUGGCUGCGUCACAAGCCGCGGACAAGAAGCCGCAAUGCACAUGUGACUACUGGCUGCCCAUGGCUACUGUUGGAGAGCCGGGGGCAGACUGACCAGGAGGAAGCCGGGAGGGCUGAUAAUAUCUCUGCAUUGCUUCUUGGAAUUGGAGAGGCAGCUCCAGAACCCCCACCCUGCCUCCAUUCUGCUGCCUGUCCCCAAGCUGUGCCUUGCCCUCAGAAAUUGGUGUAUUUUCCAGAUAAGCUUCGUGUCCACUUCACAUGUCCAGUGUUGCCACACAGCUAAUAAAUAUCCCUGUGGCUUUCUGCUGCCAAGAUGUCCAGUAACACACUUUCCUGUUUGCACAUGGAACCCAGAUUCCCUUUGUAUGCCCUUUACAUCCUCAGCAAAAAGAGAUUUAAUUGAUUCAUCCUCAGAGGCUUCCAUUUUCAUGAGAGGGGCUCGUGUGUUGGCAAGGAGAGAAGCUGAUGGCCAUUACUACCUGGGCCACAUUGCCCAAGAGGUCAAGGGCUCCAGGGAGCGCUUUUUAAUUGAGUUUGACAAAAGUCACACUCUGAAAAGGAAGCUACAGCUUCGCAUGCAGGAAACGCCUCUCUACGACAUUCUCCACUAUGAAGAUGCCAGGCAACAGCCUCUUGCUCCAGGAGACAGGGUCUUGGCACCAUGGGAGGCUAAAGCUGAACGUUUUGGCCCGGCCACCGUGCUGAAGGUUGUGGAGAACAAGGAGGCACGUUUAGCACACAGCAGAAGGCAAGUGCUUGUGACUUUCUGGAAUGGGCAAACUAAGGAGGUGUCUUCUGAGCAAGCUCUGCGGAUCCCUCUGCCCUUAAGCGAACGCAUCAUCCUAGAACUGCAGAUGCCUUUAGCAGCCAGGCAGAUGGUGGUAGGUUCAAGCAGGGAUUACCCAUACAUCGUGACACCGGGUUACAGAGCCUCAGGCCAUUACAGCGGUAGCUGCACCUCCCUUCCCCAUUGCUGCCUUGCAGCCUGGGAACCCACAGGGCCUACAGGGUGCAAAGUGCAGCAGGAAGAUGCCUUCGUCCCAGGAGCAAGCUUGAUCAAAGGAAAGCUCAGCAAGAAAGUAGAAGAGCAACUGUCUGAAGUGAGGAUUUCACCUUCAGAAAAUAUUUCCACAGAGGAAGAGGAAAAGACAGAUAACACAUUGAGGACAGAAAUUGUUCCAAAAGACAUUCAGUCUUGUUUGGAAGAGGACAAUGAGGUUAUAGAGCUUGAGAAGAGUCCUCAGAGGGAGAUGGCUCACGCUAUGGUUGAUACGGCUGUCAACACAGACAGCUGGUUAAUGGAGACAAUCCGCAAGGAAGCAGACAGCAGACAGCAGGACACUGAAACUGAAGGUCUUUUUGAGACUAGAGUGGCAGAAGCUCCAAUCCAGCAUUCCCAAAGGAACCCUUCCCUGGGAACCAAUGCUUUGGUUCCUUUCAGGCACCAAAGUUUCUUUGACCAAGUGAAUCAAUCACUAGAGAAAGACAGCCUGACCAUCAAAUCAGCUCUGCGUGUACCGAGACCAUGCACAAAGGCUAGGAGAUGCACAAAUGUUCUAAAAGACAAAAGCAUUACAAAAUCAAUCCUUCAUGGUGCAUCUCAGGAGACACGGAAAGAGAUGGACUUCAACAGAGCCAAGAUUGAGCACAAAAGGUGGCAAGAGGAACAGAGGCAGCUGAAGAGGGAGCAGCAGCAAGAGGCAGACGUCAUCCAACGCCAGCUGUGCAGGGACAGACAGAGGCAGCGAUUGCAUGAGAGGGCAUCGCAAGAGCUGGAGAAACAGCUGGAGCGCAAAGACAGAGCUUUGCAGCACAUGGCACAGCUCCAGGCUGCUGGGGCAGAGAGGAGCAGGAAAGAGUACCUCUUGCUAGAGGAGGAGAAGAGGAAGGCAAGUCAGAAGCUGCAGUUUUUAAAGACACAGCGUUUGCAGAGAGAGGAGUUGCAGGCAGAACGCAAUGGAAGGAGUCUUGAACAAGAGAGAGAAAGACUGGUUUUUCUCAGGAGCAGAAUGCAGUCACGGCAAGAAAUGUUGGAACAAGAAUCACAGGAGCUGGACAGGCAGCGAAAACAGCAUGAGGCUGCCAAAGGGAGAGUGUUCCAGAGCAGAGACCAUUCACACCAGAAGAAAGAAAAAGAAGCCCAAAAACUCUGUGACCUCCAGCAGUACCUCAGAGAACAGAAUCUUUUGAUGCUCCGGGCAUCACUGCUAGCAUAAGGAAGCUGCAGAGCGGGUGAGCAGGCCCUUGAGCACCUCACAGACCUGCUCUGUAUCUUGUAGGUGUCAGCCAGUGUGCUGGAGCUUGGGUGCUUGAGUGCAGUUGUGACAAGUGGAAUUAUGAUUGCUGGAGAAGUUUUUAAUCUCUCUUCCCCUGCAGCCACCAGCAUGCAUUUUCAGUGCUUCAUCCUUUACGUGCCUUUCUUUCUGGAGUUACUAUUCUAGUCCUGCUCUGUCAAGUGAAGUGGUGAAAGCACAGACGCAGGUUACGUCCUGCUAGUACAAGCCUGCAGGGAAAUCAAAUACGGACCUGAAAAGGCUUUUGCUUCUGAAUUCUGGGGACUUUCUGUCCUGCUGUGUUUCUUCCAGACCAGUGCCAGAAGAGCACAUUUUUUCUGAAUGGCCAGCAGUUUCUUAGCACUAAGUCUCAGACUGCAUUCCUCAGAGAUAAUUGAAGCUGUACCUUCAGCUUUGCCCAAAAAGACAGUCUCUCAUCCUGAUGUUUACAAACUAUUCUAAAGCCUUAACAGCUUUAAAAGGGAUAUUUUUAACUUUAGGAUCCAUAAUAGCCAUGAACCAUCCUGAGAUUUUUGUUUAAAAGAACGGGAAAAGGAAAGCUGAACCUAAAUAUAAGGUGAAGGCUUUGGCAUUUUGUUUAAGUUAAGACCUGCAAGACUUCUAACUUGUUACUCAUACCACAGAGCACUGGGCUGGUACCUCUGCCCCCGCAGUGGGGUAGAAAAGGGAGGGGGCACACACACUACUGAGGGAACGUGGGUGCUAGCAGCACAUUGAGGUUUUUGUUAAUGUAAAGUUUGGGAGUGUCUUGCUUUUUUUUUCUUUUCUGAGUUCUCAUGUGCUAGUUAAGACAAGAGCGUUAUGAAUUUAAGUCUAAUUAGACUUAGAGAAACAAGCCUAAAACUUAAAAUUAAACUCUACUGCUGCUUUUAUCUUUAGGCAUUUGGUAAUGGAAUAUGUAAUGAUUAAAGGAAAGUACAUGAAAUAUA